GGGGGGUCUGGCGGGAACUGACUGGUCCCGAAACAGCGCCCCGUGAGGGAAGCCGGAGGGUUGUUCCCCUCCCCCCACCCCCGACACAACCCCCUCCGAAGUGGGAACUUUGACCCCCCCCAGCCCGUGACCCCAAGUUGACCCCAGCCUUUUAACUUCUGCCUGCCCCAAGGCUGAGACAAUCACGUCCCCCCCAACUUCUCUGAGCCUUUUUACCCCCCCCCCCCACUUUCCCUUCCAGAUCUCUAAGCUUUGACCCAUCCUCCCAGCCCCCUGGACGCUUCUUCCCCCACCCCUAUGUUCCUAUCCCUGGAGCCUAACCUGUGUUUCCCCCUCUGUUUGCCUCAGGUCGUGACCCUUCUCUGCUCCCCACUUUCUUAAUAGCCCCGUCCCUGCUUUCUAACUUUCUGCCGUCCUCCCGACCCCAGUGUGUCUCCUUCUGUGGGCACUCACUUCCCUCACCCCUUCCUCCUCCUCCUCCUCCUCUUGCCCACCACUUCCAGCCGUAGAAAGAGUAUUUCUUUUUGUAUAUAUAUAUAUUUUUAUUAUUGCUUGGACCUGGAGUGGAUUAAUUUAUGGGGCAACAACCAGGCAAAGUUCUUGCGGACCAAAGAAGGCCGACACUGCCUGCGCUGCACUUUAUCAAAGGAGGAAAGCGAGAGGCAUCCAAACAUGGAGCUCAGCAUUUCAAUGUGUUUGUGGAGCACGAAGCCCUACACCGUCCAGAUUUUGAGUCACAGGGUCUGAACGAGGCUGCCCGGUGGAAUUCCAAAGAGAACUUGCUUGCUUGCCCUAGUGAAAAUGACCCCAAUCUCUUUGUUGCACUGUAUGACUUUGUUGCCAGCGGGGACAAUACACUCAGCAUUACUAAAGGUGAAAAGCUUCGUGUUUUGGGCUACAACCACAACGGAGAAUGGUGUGAGGCUCAGACUAAAAAUGGCCAGGGCUGGGUUCCCAGCAACUAUAUUACACCUGUUAACAGCCUAGAGAAACACUCCUGGUACCAUGGGCCAGUCUCACGCAAUGCUGCAGAGUAUCUCCUCAGCAGUGGCAUCAAUGGAAGUUUUCUAGUGCGAGAGAGUGAAAGUAGCCCUGGUCAAAGAUCCAUAUCACUUCGUUAUGAAGGAAGGGUGUACCACUACAGGAUAAACACUGCAUCUGAUGGGAAGCUAUACGUAUCUUCAGAGAGUCGCUUCAACACCUUGGCAGAGCUCGUUCACCACCACUCGACAGUGGCUGAUGGACUUAUUACCACCCUACACUACCCAGCUCCCAAACGUAACAAGCCUACAAUUUAUGGAGUCUCCCCAAAUUAUGACAAAUGGGAGAUUGAACGAACAGACAUUACAAUGAAACACAAGCUGGGUGGAGGACAGUAUGGUGAGGUGUACGAGGGAGUGUGGAAAAAAUACAACCUCACUGUGGCAGUGAAGACGCUGAAGGAAGAUACCAUGGAAGUGGAAGAAUUCUUGAAAGAGGCUGCAGUUAUGAAGGAAAUUAAGCAUCCCAAUUUGGUACAGCUACUAGGUGUAUGUACCCGGGAGCCUCCGUUUUACAUCAUCACAGAGUUUAUGACUCAUGGUAACCUCCUGGAUUACCUACGUGAUUGCAGCAAGGAGGAGGUGAAUGCUGUUGUGCUGCUAUACAUGGCAACUCAGAUCUCCUCUGCAAUGGAGUAUUUGGAGAAGAAAAAUUUCAUUCACAGGGACCUUGCCGCUAGGAACUGCCUUGUAGGGGAGAACCACUUGGUUAAAGUGGCUGAUUUUGGACUAAGUAGGUUAAUGACGGGGGACACAUAUACAGCACAUGCUGGGGCAAAGUUUCCCAUUAAAUGGACUGCUCCAGAGAGUUUGGCCUACAACAAAUUUUCAAUCAAAUCCGAUGUGUGGGCAUUUGGUGUCCUCCUGUGGGAGAUUGCAACUUAUGGCAUGUCUCCCUACCCUGGAAUUGACCUUUCACAAGUUUAUGACCUGUUGGAAAAGGACUACAGGAUGGAGCGGCCUGAGGGCUGUCCAGAGAAAGUCUAUGAAUUGAUGCGAGCAUGUUGGAAGUGGAACCCAGGGGACCGGCCAUCAUUUGCAGAUAUCCAUCGAGCUUUUGAUACAAUGUUCCAAGAAUCGAGUAUAUCAGAAGAGGUCGAGAAAGAGCUCGGGAAGAAAGGAGGGAAAUGCUGUGUUAGCAACAAACCACAGGCGCCAGAACUGCCGACCAAAACACGCACUCUUCGCAGAACGACUGAGAACAAAGAGCCAGUUGAAGUUCAGGACGUGCCCCCUUCAAUAUUUAAAGUCCUGAGCCAACACGAUUCCGGGGAUCAUGAGAUGGCAGUUUCUCCCAUGUUGCCACGCAAGGACAGAGACCAGGACAGCAACCUGGACGAUGACCGCUUGCAGUCCUUCACCAAGGAGAAGGGCAAAUCCAGUUCCAUCUUCAGUUCCUUCAUCAAAAAGAAGAAGAAGACAGCGCCUGCCCCUCCCAAGCGCAGCAGCUCUUUCCGAGACACGGACGGGCAGUCAGAGAGAAAGGGAGAAGCGCUGGAAGAUGCCAGUACAGCUGGGAAAGAUAUAAACAAUGGAGCCUUUUUCAACAGCGUGACCUCUCUCGAAGCAAUUGAUCAGAGUAAAUUGCAGCAGUCAUUUAGCACUGUGGCACAAACUGCCAGCAAUGGAAGUGGAGGUGUUGCCAAUGGAAGCUUCUUAGGAACAACUGGAUUCUUCUGUCCACAUUUGAAGAAAUCCAGCACGUUAACAUCUGGCAAAGCUGCAGGGAAUGAAGAGGAGCCAGUCUCCAACACCAAAUGCUUCAUAAGAUCAUGCUCUACAUCCUCAAUGCCCCCAGGUGGCAAAGAGAUGGAGCGGAAAGCCCUGACACUGCCCCGGGACCUUCAGUCUGUGGGGAAGCCAACAGAGUCUGUGAUGCCCUCGGGCUGCGACAGGAUUGAGAAGCCAGCACUGCCUCGGAAGAGGACAAAUGAGACUAAAGUGGACUUGGUGCCUCGGGGAAGUAUGACUGCUCCUCCUUGGCUGCCAAGAAAGACGGAAGAGUUAAACGAUGAUGUUUUUAGUAAUCUGGAGUCCAGUCCCAGCUCAAGCCCACCAGCAUCGACUCCAAAACUUGUCCGCGGGCAGCUCGUGACUGUUGUGUCCAGCAGUCCUGGUCUCAAGGACAAAGACGAGGGUGGGAAGAUUUGUGCCUUAAAUUCCCCACAGGAGCAUGUCUCCUCCAGCCUGGCUGUCCCUGCACUGAAGCAGAGCUCCACCCCCAACCCUGGGGGGGUGAAUCUGUUGACUGAGGACUCAAGAGUGCGAAGGUUCAAGCAGGCUCCCGACCAGCUGCAGUCUGCUCCCAUUAGGGACCGGGGCAAACUGCAGAAACCCAAGCCAGUUCCCCCUCCUCCACCAGUGACAAAAUCCCUUCGGCCGCCUCGGAGCCCAACCCAUGAGGCAGCAGCUGAGGGCAUCACAGGUGUCAAACCCAAACCAGUCGUGGACACUUCAAGUGGGGAGGCUACAAAGGCCCCCCCACCAGGGGAUGCAGUUAAAAGGUCUGCCCUCCAUUCCACACCAAAGUCCCAGUCCUCGACGAGGCCAUCAGCUGCCUCCUCAUCCUCCGCACAGCUUGCCUUACCAAAUCCAAGCACCGAACUGCAAACCUCCACCACUACAGCCUUCAUCCCCCUCAUCUCCACCAGGGUGUCUCUGCGGAAGACCCGGCUGCAGCCCGAGAGGAUGGCCAGUGCCAACAUCACCAAGGACACAGUUUUGGAAAGCACUGAGGCGCUCCGCGUGGCCAUCGACAAGAACUCUGAGCAGAUGGCCAGCCACAGCGCGGUGCUGGAGGCAGCCAAGAACCUGUACACCUUCUGCACCAGCUACGUGGACUCCAUCCAGCAGAUGCGCAACAAGUUUGCCUUCAGGGAGGCUAUCAACAAGCUGGAGAGCAACCUCCGCCAGCUCCAGAUUUGCUCAGCCAGCCAGGACUUUAGCAAACUGCUUUUGUCUGUGAAAGAAAUCAGUGACAUCGUUCAGAGGUAGCAAAGGCUCUGGGGGGGGUGGGUGGUGGGCUUUAGUGGAGGAGGGUGGACAAAAUAUGUACACAGAAAGCUGCUCCCAGAUUCCGUAGCAGUAUGAUAGAAUCAGGAGGGGGGUUUGAAUUUGGCUGCUUGCUGCCAGAGGUGUGCACAGAAACGUAGCUUUCAUUGCUGAGUGGCCCUGUAAAUUCCUCAUGUCUGCUUCACUUACUUCUUGCAAGAUCUUUGUUAUCCCACGCAAAGACUUGUACCGUACACAAACAGGCAAUUCGGCUUAAUAGAUGCACUCUAGCCUAUGUUCAGACUUCCCUUUCACUCAGUUUCGAGGCAACAGCAGUUAAUUCCUGUCCAAAGUAUAAGAGGAUCACCAUUUCCCAUUUGAUAAGUAGCUGUGACGUUUUGUUUUGUAUUCGGGAGCCAGCAAGAUACUUGUGUAUCACAAGUCAGCGAUUGUUGAUUAAAGCCCAGAACACGUUGUAUCUUUUAAUGGAGUGCUGAUUGCUAAGAGAAGACAGUGGAGGCAAAACCUGAUCCCUCACUGCAAUUCACCUUUCAUCAAUUGCACUGGAUUUCUUUAAGAAAGACAAUAUUAUGUAGUUUAGCUUUUGCAGUAUUAAACAAUGGACAGGAAUAGCAUAUGAUCACAAUAAAUUUUGUUAACACCUCAGCAGACAGUGCUUUCCUUUGGCUAUGGUGCCAUGGGAUUUUAAUAACGUAGCUGCAAAUUAACACAUGAUUCUACAUCAUGCACUCAUUGUAACUGAAGAGGUUGUUAAAUUAAGGAGUUGAAUGCUACUGUAAGUGGCAGAAAGCAUCAAAUAAUAGCUCACCACUUGUACAGUUCCUACCUCAUUAGCACUAGUGUUUCAUUUGAACACUUAAAAACAGACACAGAAAGCAGUGAAAUCAGCCAGAGUCCCGUUACUGAGAGGUGACAAUUCUCAUCCUGGCUAGAACUGGCAUUUCUUUUCCGCACGAAGAGGAAUUAGUUAUAAUUGGCAACUCUGAAACAAGGCAGAAACCAGUCCACAACCACUACCAUCCUGCUCCCAAUUAACACAACUGCAGAGUGUGGAAUAAUAGUCCACACUGGCACUAACAAACACAUUUUGACACUAGGAGGUGAGAUAGGGGUUGUCAGCUCUGGUCUUGAUGUAUCCUUGGCACUUUCAGUGCAUGACCUCCCAUCUCUAAACUCAGUAAAGGAGCUUUCUUCCCUAUCUUCUAUACUUCAAAAACACCAUUUUUUAAAAAAAAAUGUCCCGACGAUACAUAGCAUUUGUGAGGCACAGUUACCAGGGAAUCACCAGCUCCGACAAGAAAAAGCCUCACCAUCACCGCUUGACGUUCAAUGGAAUUACCAUCAUUGAAGCUCCCACUCCCACCAUCAAUAUCCUGGGGAUUGCUAUUGACCAGAAACUGAACUGGACUAGCCGUAUAAAUACAGUGGCUGCAUGGGUUCAUCAGGGACUAGAAAUCAUGCAGCAAGUAACUCAUCUCCUGAUCACCUCUCUUCAAGGCACAAGUAACAAGUUUGAUAGAAUUGUGUGGAUGAGUGCAGCUAUAACAACACUUGAAGCACAUCACAACAGCCCACCAUCAAUACACAGUGGCAGUGUGUACCAUCUACAGCAUGUGUUGUGGGAAUUCACCAAGGCUGCUUAAAGAGCACAUUAACUCAUGAUCUUUAUAUUCUAGAAGGACAAAGGCAGUGAACUCUCAAAAAACCUGCAAGUCCUCCAAACCAGUCGCCACCAUAACGUGGAAAUGUGUCACUGUUACUUCAGUGUGGCUGGGUCAAAAUGCAUGAACUCCCUCCCUGAUGGCAUUGCAGGUGUACCUAAACCACAUGGACUGCAGCAGCUUGCCAUCACCACCUCAAGGACAAUUAGGGAUGGAUAGUAAUUGCUGGCCUAGCCAGCAAACCCCACACCCCUGAAUAAAGUUUAAAAAAGCAAAUUUCCAUUGGAGUUGCUCAGUGUAGUGUCCAGGAGAAUUAAUCCCUCAUUCCUGGAGCAGCACUGUGUACUUUUCAGUCUAAAUGCAGGAAGCUAGCUCUCAGCCAGCGCUGUAGCUGUAAUCCAGACUAAUCACAGGCUCUGUUUGUAUUCUCUGUUCCAAAUACAGAUGUUCAAGGGGUUUGCUUGACAAAAUCUGAACUCAGCAGUGCCUAACACACGCACACAGCCUGCAAAAAAUCUGUUUUAAAAAUGUAACUAAACAUUGUUGUUACACAAUGCUUUUUGGUUUCUCACAGCAAGCCCCCACAAUCAGCAAAUCGAUAAUGACCAGAUAAAAAGACCUAAGCAAGCCUUAAUCUCUGAUGAGGAUAAUAUAUACCUGGCCAAAAUAAUAUUACUGAUAUUCAGCAAUAUUGAGUGUUGAUGCCCUUAAUUAGGAUCAAAUUAAUUGGUUCUGAGAACACGAUGUAACAUGAAAUGAUAUAUAAUUUGUAUAUAAUGUGGUAACUGGAGCAGACUUGAGGACUCAUUCCAUCUUUGAAUAUGUACAUUCUUCCAUUUCAGCCUUGCCCAGAGCUGAGAUAUACUCACAGGGCUUGAAUGCAAUAAUUUCCCAUUUGUGGUAAGGUUUUUUUAAUCCCUCUCUGUAAGUAAAAUUGCUCCCAGCAAAUGUUAUUAGUAAUCACUAGCAAAACUCACUUGAGUAAACUGGUCUUUUGAACCAAAUGGACUGCCUUGAACAUUGCUUGUGACUUGUACCAGCCAGAAAGUUGUUAAAGAUUGCAGCAUCUUGACUGCAAAAACUGAAGGAUUCACAAGCAUUUUGGUCAUCAUUAUCCAAGAUCUUGUAUAAAGGCGGUGGAUAUUGUCACAGUUUAAAGGGGGUGUAUUUUAAACGGGGUGGGGGAAGAGUGUGGUGGGAUGGAAGAGGAAUGUCCUGUCCUUUGCAUUUGUGGGAUUACUCAGAAGCAGCCAUAAUAAAGCUGUUAAGACGCACAUGAUGCACUGUUAUGUGGCAGUCAGAUCUUUCGAAAUGACUGACACUUAAAUACACCAUUAAUGUGUGUGAUUAACUUGGACACUACUUACUCUGAAUCAGAAGGGUCUCGGAAAACAGACCCAUAAAAACACAAUGUGAAGUAUUGAGAUGGUUAUGGUGUGAUGUGUAUCUUCACACUUCAGUUUUAUUAAGCAAUGCCUUAACUUCCUUCUCACAGCAGUCAAGAAUUGGCUUCGACCAAACAGACGUGCAUUUCAAGUUCAUUAAUCAAUUCUGAGAUGACUUCAGCAUUCUCAAAUCUCAGCAGUUGUAAAGUAAAGCUGAUUCUUUCAUUGGCUAUUAGAAUGAGGUGUUCUUGUAUUGUGAUAGAUCUGCAUUAUGUUGAAACCUGGAGCAGGAAGGCUAAAUGUGGCAGUUUGGAGGCAAAUUAGUUUCCAAAUCUGACAGCCUGCUUUUUUAAUUCUUUUUAAUUCCACUUAAUAUUCUGAAAAAACUUGAAAGAAAUCAAAAGCUCAUCCAUUUUCUAUUGCUGGGGUCUAGCUGUAUAACUGAAGCUCAUGCGGUGGUGAAGAAGUGCUCUUGGCUUCCUUUGAUCCCCCUCUCAACAAUAAUCACUGAAGAUACAGCCUCUGCAUUAGCCAGACAGGGUCAGCAGUCAUCCCAGUAAUAAUGGCUAGAAUUUAUGAUUGAAAUAUUUUUAUUUUGUACAUUGUAUCAGUAUUUUUUUGUGAAGAGAAUGCCAGUCACUUUACAACAGGAAUCUAGGCACAAUAUUAAAAGGACUUGAAUCUGCUAUUUGAUAUCUCAUCACUGUAAACUUUGUAAAUGUUCUUCAAAAGGUAUUUGGCCAAGUUUUUUUACCCAAAUGUGUAUUUACACUGAAGUUGCGGCCUGGCAUUGGUAUUGGAGACUUGACCACCAGUUCUGGCCAUCUACUGGGAUAAUGUUGAUCAAAUUGCCACCUGCAUAGGUCUCAUGUGGCUACCACUGACUAUGAAUUUGAUGAGUUUACAAAAAUCAAAGCAAGUCCAGGCCAGUGUGAAAGCAGCAUUUUGUGUAGAAAAUCCUUUCUAAAUCGCAUCAUAGAAAUGGACCCGUUUAGCCCUAAUCAGUCCGUGUCAUCAUUUGCUUUCCACAAGCACUUGUCUGGACAAGGAACAUCAAAGCAGGAAUUAGCUAUUCAGCCUUUCACUUAGAUCAGGGCCUAUCUGUAUUUUGACCAUAUUUCUCUUCUCUGGCUUAUCUCUUGCUCAACAAAAAUCUACCAAUAUCAGUCUUGAAAUCCACUCUUUUUCAGGGGAAGUUCCAGAUUUCAAACACAACGUGCAUGAAAGGAUGUUUCCUGAUUCAUUUCCAGAUGACCUACCUCAAAUGUUGGGAUUUUCUCCUCCUGCUCUUGUUUCCCUCCCCAGAGGAAAUACUAUCUGCCCAGUCAAAUCCCUUCAUCAAUUUCACCUUCUCUAUCACGUCAUCCUUCACCCUUCCCAACUAAAGGGAAGAGAAACCAAGUAUUAAAAACAAAUUGUAGAGCUGGAUGAACACGGUAGGUCGAGCAGCAAAGCUGAUGUUUCAGGCCUAUUUCUGAUGAAGGGUCUCGGCCCGAAACGUCAGCUUUCCUGCUCCUCUGAUGCUGCUUGGCCUGCUGUGUUCAUCCAGCUUUACACCUUGUUAUGUCGGAUUCUCCAGCAUCUGCAGUUCCUGUUAUUUCUGAUUCAAGAACAAAUGUUGAAUAUUUGAGUUCGUACAGAUGAAGCAGUCUGAUGACAUUCUUUGUUGCUAUAACCAACUUCAAAUUCUAGAUAUCUUGUGAGGACAUCCUUGUGAAUGGAUAGAGGUCACUGUUAGAGUGACUUGUACCAUUAAUAAACUUUAACCGAUGCUGGCAGCACAAAACACCUGAGCAACAAAACAAGCCCACAGAAUUACUGUGUAUCACAAACUUGAUAACUUUGCUUGAUUGUAAAACUGUAAUCAAAUCUUACAGCUUCAGCUCCCAUAUCAUUUUUGAAGCCUCUUCCAUUCUUGUUUAUUAAUUGUCAUAGAGUCGUACAGCCCAGAAACAGACCCUUUGGUCCAAGUGGUCCAUGGUGAACAUAAUCCCAAACUAAAUGAGUCCCUCCUGCCCCAUAUCCCUCCGAACCUUCCCUAUUCCUAUAUCUAUCUAAAUGUCUUUUAAACAUUGUAAUUAUACCAGCAUCCAUCACUUCCUCAGGAAGUUCAUCCCACAUGCAAACCAUCCUAUGUGUAAAAAAUUUGCCUCAUUUUUUUUAAAUCUCUCAGCGUAAAAAUAUGCUCCCCCCCCAACCCCGGAUUUUGAAAUUCCCAAUCUUAGGGAACAGGCAACUACCAUCAACUCUAUCUAUACCUGUCUUUAUUUUAUAAACUUCUAUCUGGUCCUAAAUAGUUGAAUAAACAAAAACCUUAUACCUGCGCAUACUCGUACCCGACUGGUCCGUUUAUCCUUCAUGUGAGCUUACUCCCAUCGUGCUUCUUCCUCUGAUUAUAAGUGUGACCUUCUGUACAGCUUUUCUUCGUAGUUUGGGGUGAUGUGGUGGAGUGGUAAUGUCACUGGGCAAGUAAUUCCAAGGUCCAGGCUCAUGCUGUGGGUGCAUUGGUUCAAAUCCAACCAUGGCAGCUGAUGGAAUUUAAAUUUUCUUUAUAAAGUCUAGAAAUGAGAGCUACUCUCGGCAAUGAUAACCAUGACAACUAUCGUUGAUAGUUGAUAAACUAUACCGUUCAUCAGUGACUCUUAGGGAAGAAAAUUUGCUGCUGCUACUCAAUCUGGCCUGCGUGUGACUCCAGACACACCGCAAUCUAGUUGGCCCUUAACUAGUCUCUGAAAUAACCCAGCAAGCAACACAAUUUAACAAGAAUUACAGACAGGCAACAAUUGCUGGCCUUUCCAGUGACACUUUCAUCAUGUGAAAGCUUUUGUUUUAAAAGGUUUCCCUCUAAGUGCAUCAAUGCUAUUUGCCUCAUUGUGGUAGCUAAUUUCACAUUUUCACCAUUCUUUGAGUUUUUUUUUAAAAAUGGGUUUCCUUAGUUCUCUUAAGAUCAUCUUUGUUUAUGUCUGCCUUGUACACUUUCAUAAUUUUAAAGACCUCUGUAAUCUUCACUUUUUAGUGAGAAAAGAGCCCCACCUCCAGUUUUUACUGAUAGUUAUAGACUUUCGGUCCUGGUAUCAGCCUUGAGUCUCUUUUCCAUUUCUAGGACCUCUAUGUCCAUUUGUAUAUAGAAAAUAGAACUCUCAAGUGCCCUCACCACACUCUCAGCUGCAUUUUUCCAUCACCUUCCUGUUACCAUCUUACAUAGAUUUACGUAUACAGUACUGCUGUUGAUCCAGUUGGUCUGUCUGUGUUACACAUAAUUGUCCUCUCAUUAUUCUCUAUCGAACCCUGUCCAUGUUACCAUUUCUUCCCUAAUGUAUUUUUGGAUGGUGUCAGUUCCAUUCACUUGUUCAAACUCCCAAAGAAGUUCAUCUGAGCAGUGCCCUUUGUUAUUACCCUAGAGAUGGGGGAAUAACAUUUCCAAAAAAUUCCCCUGCCAUCAAGAAAUUGGUAAUCUAUAACUCGCUCUCCCCUCGUGUUAGAGGUAUGCACCUAAGCAGAGUGCCUACCCUUGAUAGAGUGGCUGAAAUGUGGAGCACUCCCUACUGGAGGCUGAGUUAUAGCUCAGCAACACCAUGAGGCAUUCAGAACAUCAAUGCCAUGUUACUGUAAUGAAGUAGUUAAGUGGAUUUUAAAAUAAGUUGACCAGAGUACAAUCAAUAUCUGACCACCCACAAUGGAGAUAUGAGUGCAGAGUCUCCCUGAUAUAUUGAAGGCCUGUUAAUGCAAAUAUUGGAAAUGGUAGCAAGUGAUCUGUUAGCACAAAAUAGAUGCAAUGGUUUUUAAAACGUUUUUCUAAAUGAUGAAGCAAAUGAGAAAAUAUGUCAUGUCUUCUAUCUAAUGAAUAUCUUUAAAGGUAUAAUUGGCAGGUUUCCCAUGGUGUUAGUGAGAUGUAGUGAUGUGUUUGUUCAGCUUAGCCAUUCAAGUUAUACUACUUUGUAUGGAAGGUGGAACUGCCCACUCAUUAAGGCCAUAUGGUUUAAUUGGUGCCAGAAGGUCAAUUAGAGGCUCUUCACCUUUAGGAUCACUCAGAAGAGUCUUCUGCUUCUGUAAAUUGGAUUUUUUUAAACUUUAAAACUUGGUUUGAACCAUUUUCCUGACUCUGCUGCUGUAAAUGAGCUCAUGGCAAAAAUUAUAAAAUCGCAGUUUCCUCAGAUCCAGUUUCUGAUGGAAUCAAGGAAAGACAUUUAGGCCCAUUCAUUUACUGCUAAUUAAAGGCCCUCUUCUGACCAUAUUAAAGUCAUAAUGAGAGUUGUUGGUUGGCUCACCAAGCUGAUAGUUUUCAUGCAAACUUUUUGUCUUCGUUCGGUGACAUUUUCAGCGCUGUUGUUCUGUCCUGCUCUGAAUUUUUAUGGUUCCGUCUGACAUGUUGGGCAGCCUUGUUUCCUGUUUUGCAUUGUAGUGAUGUGUCGAUGGGGCCUAUUUCAACAUGUUUGUUUAUCGCACCAGUGGUUGAAAACCAGGCCUCUAGGAAUUCCUGUGCUUGCCUUUGUUUUGCUUGUUCUAAAUUCAUAGUAGGAAGGAAUAACAACGCUUCAACAUAGGUUACACAGCGCUAAAGAUGUCACCUCGAGGGGAAACUAAAUGUUUGCGUAAAAACCAGUCAGUUUGGUGAACCAACCCACAAUUCCAACCAUAACUGGAGCUACAGAUCUUCGUUAAAGCGUUAAAGGCCAUAAUCAUGUUCAACUUUACAAUAGAAUGCCAUUUCCAUCAAAAUCAGUAACUAAUUGGAAUUGGAUUGACAUUUAGAAUCCAGUGGCCUUUCUUUGGGUCACUGUAAAAACAUAAGAGCACAACUUCUUGAAGGAAGUCACGUCAUCCUUACAAAUUUUACUUCUUAAAAAAGUAUAUUUUAAACGAGUUAAAUUUAAGAUGCCCAUGGGCACAUGGAUGUCUCAGAAUAAAUUCCGAUACCAUGUUCUACAAAAAGCUAUGUGAUUUGUUAAGAAGCCAGCUUUACAGAAAAGCGUUUACAUUCUGAAGCCAUUAGACCUGACGCAGACUUGUUAACUGGUAGUCUAACAGUGACUGAGCGCAGUGUCUUUUUGGAUGCUCAUGAUUCAAAAUUGGCAUUUAAAAAAGGAGACUUGUAAACAUUUUAUGUCCCUUGAGAAUUUAAAAAGUGCCCAACAUGCAAAUGCAUUUAUGAUUUCAGCUUCAUUUGAUGCUGUAAAGUUUUGAGCACUUAUUUCCCUAAAUUUGGUCACUUGCUGUGUGUUAAUAAAUCUAUACAAAGUGAUGGGUGUGUAAUGUGAGCACAAUAGGUUUGCCCUUUAUUUAUUUAUUUAUUUGACUCAGGAUUUUUUAUAUUUCAGUUUAUUUUCUCUCCUCUUUUUCCCAUUGUCGCUCACCUUGACACAUCCUCAGUUGGCCAAAUGGACUGCAGGCUGCUCUUCAACCCUUCAUUUUAUGAACCUGGUGACUUUCACUUCUUUACAGAGAUGAUUUCCACUCAGUGGCAGCUAGACCCUACCAAUAGCAUAUCCAAUAAGCAAAUUCAUUUGAAAGUUAAAAUCUGUUGAUGUGGGUAGGUAGGUCUGAGUGGCCAUCCACCAUAGUCUUAAUCUUUUAAAAUUUGCAUCCAAUGCUUUAAGCACCCAGGUCCCAGACUUCUGUACCAGAAAAUUCCUCUUGUGAAGGAUAUCCAACCAUUGAGUUUCUCUCUUUACAUUAUUUGCCAGAUGGCUUUGGAUGGAGUCAUAGGAUUGGAAGGGUAGUUGUUUACACCUAAUCGUUACAGGCCAUUACCCCUUGGAGAGGAGCCUGGCUGUUUCAGUCUUAAAAGUGAAUGCUUGAUGGGUGGGUGUCUACAGAUUCCUGUUUGUGAAAUAUUACAAUUCUGGAACUGCUCACUUCUGAGUCAUGAUGCUACUUUGCAUGUGUGAAAAUGCUUGUGUUCCACACUCUGUGGGUGCAGCAUUUACCAUUCAGGUUUGUAACAAAUAAAUUAUUGAUCUUUUCUCUGGUAACAAGACAAAAGUUAAACAUUUCUCAAUUUUAAUUAAAACAUGUUGGUUCUACUUGUGCGCUCCUGAAUAAAUUGUUGCAGAUUUUUUAAGUGACUGGUGUACAAUUGAAUAUGGAAUUGUUGGCAGUUACCCUCUGGAGCCAGUUUCCAUGCACACCUCUGGAUCCUUCCAAAGCAACACACAUUGUAAAAUUAUCCCAGUAGCAACUUGAUCGCCUUUGCCAGUGUUUACACCUGUCAGAAAGAUAAACCCAAAAGAAUAUAGUAGCCAUUGCCAAUGUUUACAUGGGGUUAUAAUAGCAGCAGGUUUGAACAGCCAGAAACCAUUCUUGGAGCAACAGACGCAAUGAAUGAUCUUUCAUUUAGCACCUAUAAGCCGAGGCACCUCACCUAUUGAGAACGCUAUUGGUAGAGCAAUUAACCUCCUCUCCCCUCCAAAACAAAACAGUUCCUUUGGAUCCCCUUAAAAUUGUAUUAUAUGGUAUCAUUGUUAAUUGCCUUGGUUCCAUUUAUAGUUUUUUUUAAUGAAAAGAAAUCAUUUCAGUAUUAAUGUUGUUAUGACUUUCCAUCACUCUCACCCUGACUGACUGCUGUGAGUUGGAAUUGAAGAACCACGUGUAAGUUGCCUUUUGUUAAGGACAUGAUCAGUUCUUUUUGCCAAGGUACUGUUUGCUGGUGUUGGUUUUUAUUUGAACAGCAUUUGUGCCACUUUUAUCUGAUCUUUCUUGAUGUUAUCAGCAUUUUGAAGGGUGAUUCAUGUAUUCCUUUUUAUGUGUAAAUGUCUUUUUUGUUUCUGUAACAUUUAUGGUGCAAUUUUAAUUUUCCUGGUCAAAAUACAGUUUGCGUUUAUGUA